UAUGAUGUUUAAAGUACCAUGGUGGUGCGGCAGGGAUGAAGGUGGCGGCGUGGUGCGAGACAGUUGCGUUGUGUUUCUAGACCCGGCCAGCUGAUGACAACACAACACUGGGUGGUGGUGGUGGUGGUAUCGCGGCAGGAUCAGCCUUGGCAACGGCUCCUCCCUCACGCUGUCUUUUGUACGGUUUACAACAAUGACGAACCACGAAAUAAAAUAAUAAAUUAAAACAUAAAAUCGCAAUAUAUAUAAAAAAAAAUGUAAAAAUAAUGUUAAAAUCCCAAUAACAAAAUAAAAUCCGGCAUCCAUUCUGUUGGCAACAAUGACAUAUCCGAGAGCAACACCAGGAAAUAAACUACUAAAUCAAAACAUAAAAUCGGAAUAUAAAAAAAAAAGUGUACAAAUACAGUACUAAAACUAAAUAGAAAAAAUUUGGCAGGUAAAUGGUUGUAUCCCUUCAUUGGUAACAGUGUCACCUGCAGCAGCUGAUCGGCAGCUCUUUUCCGUAACUCAGUGUUGAGGUAGACAUUGUUGAGAGGGGAGUGAGCGAGCCGGUCCUCCAGGAUUCUCAAGUUCACGCGAAUAAGGAUGGAUUCCAUAGAGGGAAACAUAAGAUUGCUCCUGCAGGGGAAGGAAGUAGAGGAGUCCCAAGACUUCUGUGACUUCACGCUGCAGGAUCAGAACGAGGUGACAGCAGCGAAAGGCGUUGCGGUGUCCACGCCGGGGGAGUUCACGCCGGAGCUACGGGAAAAUGUGUGCUUCAUCGUGGCCGCUGUGCUGCUCAAUAGCGAGGGACACGUGCUCAUGAUGCAGGAGGCGAAAAGCUCCUGCGCGGGGAAGUGGUACCUGCCGGCGGGACGCAUGGAGGCAGGGGAGACCAUCGUGGAAGCGGCGAAGAGGGAGGUGCUGGAGGAGACAGGCAUGGAGGCUGAAAUCACAACGCUCCUGAUGGUGGAGUCCGCUGCUGGCUCGUGGUUCAGGUUCGUCGUCACAGGCAACGUGUUGGGCGGCACUCUGAAGACGCCAGCCUGUGCGGACAAGGAGUCACUGCAGGCUAAGUGGGUGGACAACCUCGGGGAGCUGAGUCUGCGGGGCAACGACAUCUACCCGCUGAUCCACCGAGCCAAGCAGUACUGGGAACGGCAGGAGGACGUGGAACCGUGGCACCCUGCACUCAUGCCCGUGGACAAGCCUCACACCAAGCUGCUCCUCAGGCUGGUCAUCGCCAUAAGGAAGAGAGUCAAUAAUCGGGUGUGUGUUCUGACCAGUGACAAGACAGCCACACACCUCCCAGUCACUGAGAUCAAUCCCGUGAGGUCCCUACACUCCACCCUCAGGAAGUACAUGACGGAAAUCUUUGGAUCAGACUUGCCCCCACACCGGCCACAGGGGAUCCUGAGCACAGAACUGAUGACAAGCAAUCCAAGUGGCACUCAUGAUGGGGCAUGCCUCACAUUGUUGGUGCCUAUCCGCAAGGCACUGGAAGAGGUGCCACUCAUAGACAAGUAUUCAUGGGUGGAGCUGCCAAAACAACUAGGAGAAGAGCUGCUCAACCGCAUGGCCAAAAACAUGAUUGUGCCAUUGAAUGUGAUACGGUAAGGCUCAGUGUGUGGCAGGCAAGUACAUUAGCCGGGUGUACUGGGUCCUGUGGGGUAGCUCCUCAGAUGCUGUUUGGUCAUCAGUCACACUUUGUAGUCUUUUUAGGAAUACUGGGUGUCUGUGUCCCUCAACACUGGGUACAUAGUAUUUUUGUCUCAGAGAAGCUAUUCUCUCUGCUGUUUAGCUCACAUGCCCUAUAUAGCUCAAAAUGGAAGCUCCUUUGCAUCCUGUGGUCACCUGUUCACAGAUCUGGUGAUAUUACUGUUGGGUUGUCUCCACAUGCUACAGACAACAGAUGUGGUGUUGAAUGGUGUGGCUUUCAUUCUUCUGGGAUCACAGUAUUUCCACUCAACUUAUUUCUGUUUACCAAAACAUCUACAUAUUCAGCCAAAGACAGGAGUGCCAUUUUCUGUACAUAGCCUUCAACCUCUGGAGUCUGGUAUUUAUGUAUAUAUACAUGAGUUGUUUUGUAUUGGAGCUUAGACUUUUACUGACUUUUCUUGUGCAUCACACUCUUCAGUGACCUUUCUGAAGGCAGACCACAGUGCACAUCAUUUACCCCUUCCAAUACUGUCCCCUGCCCAGCUCCAGACUGGCCUUCAUUAACAUUGUAUUUAUUGUUAUUCAUUCUCUAGCUCCCAAGUUCUGCAUCAUAUAUUGAACCAUUGAUAUGCCUGUGUCCAGAUUAUAUAAGAAAUUGCAGCCACUACUAUAAGUUGUCUUGCAUCAGCAUGACCACCAAACCACAGCUAGGUGAUGUAUAGAUAGGCGCUUCUCUUGUCAGGUGAUUUGGAGGUAGUACUCUGGUCACAGUUUUGUAGUACCAUUUAGUGUUUCUAAUUAGAAAGAAUGCCACUUCUGUCUUUGCAUAUUAAUUUUUACAUACAAGCUACUAAUUAUAAAGAGUAAAUUUUAAUAUUUCUUCAUAUGAGUUUAAAGAAUUAAUCAUCUACAGGUGUUACUGGUAUGUAUGAGAAUCUUCAUUUAGCUGUUAAAGCACAUAAUGGGCAAUGGCACAAAGUAUGUUGAAUGUUCAGCAACUAAACAUGCAAUGCUGGAGGCACAUUCAUGAAACAUUGAGUUUACAUUUGCAUUCCUCAUAACUGUUAGCAAAUAAUUAGAUGCGUAUAUGAUUGUGAACACUAUAAACUAUGCAGAUCAAGAAUAUAGCAGAUAGUAAUUCAGGUUUUAAUAAGUGUCACAGAACUGAGAUAUCAGCUAAUGCACAAACUACAUCAAGGAAUAUGACUUCAAUCAAGUUCAUAAUGUGUUGAGUUAAUCAUUUAGUUCUUUGCAUACCAGGAAAUAUUCACCCAUCACAUGUAUGAGAUUGAAAAGUAUCAAAUUCACAUUUGAAAAAAAUAUUUAUAAAAGCUUACUUUGCUUCAAACUUGAUGUUGUGUCUGUGGUCAUGAAUUGAAAGAAAAGAAAGAAUUAUGUGACUUGUAUGAAGAAACCUGGAGGUACCAUCCAAAUAGCUUAUUGACUGAAAUACUAUUUUUAAAAUUAUUUUAAAUAUUAACAUUAGUUCUAUGAGAAAUUGAAUGUAGAAUUAAAAUCAAAGAUGUGUGAUCCGAGUGCAAUGUCUGAGGGAUGUUUAUAGAGUGAAAAGAGUGGAUGAUGAACAUGAAAUGCUUCAUGUGUGUGGUAAGAGAGAGUUAAUGCAUUGUGCAGUUUAGAUGAAGAUUAGAUGCUUCCUGAGAUGGUUUGUGGGAUAGAUGAGAAAGAGGGAAUAAGGAUGACAUACAAGAUUGAAAGAUGAAAUAGAUGAUGUGGAAAGAACAAUUGUGUGUUUUGGGUCUUUGAGGAUUAGAGUAUGUAAGGACACGUAUGUAAGGUAUGGACAGAGGUGAAUGAAGACUAGUGUCAGUGGCACAUCUCAAGGGAGUUCCAAGUACGUAGUAGCAUUUGAGCAGGUAGACAGAUAGAAAGCCCUUAAGUAUAUAGUAAUAAGACUCAUUCCCUAGAAAUAACAACAUAAUAAGUGGCCUGAGUAACAUAUAAGAUUUUUAUUGUUUUCUUUGUUGAAUGCAAUCAUGUACCUGCAUUAUUAGUUUUUAGUUUUCUCUUUUGUGAUGAGGCUGAUGCACCUGAGCAUGAGGCUUAGAAUAUGUGUGGGAAGUCUUUUCUCAUUAUUCUGACUGAAUGAAUCUUUGUCAUCACCUGUGGAAAGCUCAUGUAAUGAAUAUGAAUUUUAUUUAAUAUUUUGUUAAAUAAUAGAAAAUUUUA